GCCAAGAAGUCUGCAACGUUGCCCUUCAAGGACUUGCUACCUGUGGCGGCAAGUGUCAACUUGGACACUGCUUUACGCUUACCAAAGAUGGAAGAGCUUCUUUCAAACAAUGACAAGGAAAUUCUCGAGAUGCAAGGGCUUCCGCUCUUGAAAGACAGUCUGGACGCUGUGGGCCUUGAAACCCCACCAUUCAAUCCAGAUGUGAUUUCGCCUGCUGCUCAACGACGGCUUGCCGGUAACUCCUUCAAUCAGGCUUGCUUCUCUGCAUGGUUAAUUUUCAUCCUUGGCAACUUGGCUAAGCGUGACCAUGCGGCAUCCAGCUCUGGUAUCCACAAGACAGACCCGACUAAGACUGAUUGCGACGAGGAAAGCUUAGGAUCUGAAAGCUGUGAACCGGGCAUUUGUGCUGACGACAUCGACUGA